AUGUCGUCCGGUACCAGUUUGUCAUCAGCUUCGACCAAGUACAGGAAUUUUAAAGAAAUCACGCGCCACCGAUUAUUGAAUGAAAUGCUUCGGUCUUGCAAAACUUGGAACUCAAAAUCAACAUGGAAGGUACUCGUUAUGGAUGAAUUUACUGUCAAGAUAAUGUCUCACGCAUGCACAGUCGUUGAUACUACAAAUGAAGGUGUUUCAUUGCUUGAGCGCAUAGAUAAAAAAAGGCAGCGAUUGCCAUCUAUGGAUGCAAUAUAUUUUAUCCGGCCUUCUAAAGAAAAUGUUAGAUUCUUCUUGUCAGACAUGUCGGGAGGCGUACCUUUCUAUAGGAAGGCGUUUGUUUUCUUCACUUCACCGAUAUCCAAGCAUUUGGUUGGGCAGAUCAAGGCGGAUGCAAGUCUAAGAAGCCGCAUAUCUGCAUUGAGUGAGAUGAACCUGGAGUACUAUGCUAUAGAUAGCCAGGGUUUUGUUACCAAUAACCAGAGAGCUUUACAGCAGCUGUAUGGGGACAAGGACGAUUCACGCGAAGCUGAAGCAUGUUUGAAUGAGAUGGCUGCACGUGUUGCCACAGUCUUUGCUUCAUUAAGGGAACUUCCUGUUGUUCACUACCGAGCUGCCAAUAGGUUUGAUGCCACCGUGGAGACCACUUUUUGUGAUUUGAUUCCUACAAAGCUUGCUGCUGGUAUCUGGGAUUCUCUCAUGCAUUACAAGAGAACAAUUCCAGAUUUCCCUCAGAGAGAAACUUGCGAGUUACUUAUCCUUGACAGAUCCGUGGAUCAGAUUGCGCCAAUCAUACACGAAUGGACAUAUGAUGCCUUGUGUCAUGACUUGUUAGAAAUGGAAGGAAAUAAAUAUGUUCACGAGGUUGCAAACAUAACUGGUGGUCCUCCUGACAAGAAAGAUGUUCUUCUAGACGAGUGUGAUCCUGUCUGGCUUGAGCUUCGCGAUCGUCAUUUAGGAUUUGCCUUGGAAUGGUUAAAGUCAGAACUUUCCAGUCUUAAGCAGAAUAAGGUUGCACGAUUCGAAAAUUCAAGAGAUGGGCAAUCUCCUGAGGUAUCCUCGAGGGAAUUGAAAGACAUAACUGAAGCAUUGCCACAGUAUCUUGAACUAAAAGAGAAGCUCUCCCUUCAUAUAGAGAUUGCAUCGAAACUAAACACAAUUGUCAGGAACUUCAAGCUUCCGUUCCUUUCGGAGCUGGAGCAGAGUCUGGUUUAUGGUGAUGCAGGAAUAAGAGAAGUGAUAAUGUUUCUGAGAAUACACGGGCCGUCUAUUGGUCGCGAACAUAUGCUGCGCUUGUUGAUGAUUGCUGCUGCCAUUUAUCCUGAGUUUUUGAAGGACGGGGGAUAUUUACAGAUGAUGAUGAAGCAUGCGAAUUUACUACCCCAGGAUAUGACUGCUGUGAGGAAUAUGAAGUUGAUUGGGAAGGGCCAAGAAGGCUCAUCUGGAAUCUUUCCUAUGAAGUUUGGUAUUGCCAAGAGAGAACGGUAUAGGAAAGAGCGUCCAAGAGAAGAUGAAUGGCGUUAUUCGCGGUUUUCUCCGAUGAUAGAGGAACUCAUAGAAAAGCUUAGCAAUGGUGCACUGUCAGAGGAGUUGUAUCCUUGUGUGAAUCCCAACGCUUGUGUACCGAAAUCGAGGAGGACACCAACGUGGGCCCACCGUCGGACUUCUGAUGAUGGGCUCUCUUCCUGCUGUGUAUUAAGGUAUGCAUCCAGUGGUUAUGAAAAGAUGGGCCAACGGAUCUUUGUAGUUAUAGUAGGUGGAGCUACUAGAUCAGAGCUUAGGGUGUGCCAUAAGCUCACAGCUAAGCUCAAAAGGGAAGUUAUUCUGGGCUCAUCAUCUCUGGACGAUCCUGCAUCUUUUGUUACGAAUCUGAAAAUGAUCACAGCAGAGAACAAGCCGCUCAUGUUGGAUGAUGUACAGAUCUGA